ACGUAGGGUAAGUAAAAAACGGCAGAAACCCUGAAAACGGCGUCGCUUGAAAUCCUAACUAACCGUUUUCGUUUGAAUUUAGAAGUUAGAACCUUCCGUAACACCCAACAACUGUCUCGGAUAGCGUCCUGAGCAACUCCGAUGGGCCAUGGACCCAAACCCCCACCGGCCGCGCCACCGUUGCUCCGCCGCAUCCACAACCUCGACCACACAAUAUCCCUUUACAUCCACAACCUGACACGCCCCAUCGCUCCACGUCCCCUCCUCCGCUUCCUAGAGCUAUUAGCAGACUUCCGCUUCUUCUUCCCCGUCUCCCUCGCUCUAUACCUCGCCGCCCCCUCCUCCUCCACUCUCCGGUCCCACCUCCUCCUUCCCCUCCUCCUCUGCUCCCUCCUUGACCUCCUCUUUGUCGCUCUCCUCAAAUUCCUCGUCCGCCGAUCCCGCCCCUCCUACGCAAAUCACUCCCAAUACAACGCCGUCGUUUCUGUCGACAACUUUUCCUUCCCUAGCGGCCACUCCUCCCGCGUCUGCUUCGUCGCCUCCGUCUUCUCCCUCUCCCGAAACUCACUCCUCGCGGAUCUCAGCCGUCCACGUGUCGCAAUCCUCGUUCGUCGCUGGUUUGCAAGAGACGACGCUCUCGCCGUUGAUCUGCUCCUCGCCGCCGCUUGGGCCUGGGCCGUGAUCACCGUCAUUUCCAGAGUCGCUCUCGGGAGGCAUUACGUCAUUGAUGUCUUCUUCGGCGCGUGCUUCGGUGUCCUCGAGGCGAUGUUCACCUUUCGUGUUCUCGAAUUCCAAGGUUUGAUUUGAGAGGUACUGAUGCAAAGACAGUUUGUUCUGUAUCGUCUGAAGACUUGAAAUGCAUUAUCUUUUCUGACAAUUGCUGCCAGAAUAUGGAGUUGGUUUGUGUCUAGUCCAUCUCCAAUUCCCACUUUUCCCGUUCAGGUGGAUUGAGCAUUAGUGUUUGAAAUCUGGAGUAGUAAUCAUCAAGAAACAUUAUUAUAUUAUGAUAAUUACAUGUAAGUGUAUGCUCAAUGACACUCUGUUAUCUGUUGUUAAGUUUGAGCAAAGGGUUUUGUAGGAUUUCGUUCGGGGGACCCUGUGUGUUUGUCUGAUAUGUCUGAAAUUUUGACCAUUAUGAACUGAAGGAUAAAAAGUUGUUAGGUCAGUUACUUCUUUU